AUGGUGAUAGAGAAUUUUUAAAAUGAAGAGUGAGUGACGGUGUGGGAACUUUUUUUUCCAAUAAAUUUCACGGGGUUUUGUUAAACUUACUCUCGGCUUGUUUCCUCCAACUGCUCUCAAAUUUUCCGAGUCGCCGAGCAAUAUCUGAUCGUUUAGCUGCUCUUCGGUGCUAAAAAUUGGUAAAUUCUCUAUUCUCGACAAACUGUAUAUUUUAGGCUUACUUUGGACUCUCCGCUGACUUUGUGGCCAUUUCCGGCUUGGGAAAACUCAUCUAUUUACAGAAAAUACGAUUUGAAAUCUGAAAACAAAGGAAAUUUUAAAAAAUCUGAAAAAAUAGGUGCGAAGAAGCACCGAAUUUUCAAAAAUUCAAAUUUCGAGGCGGAAUUUCGGAGCAUCGUACCAGCUUUUCCGUCUGCAUCUCUCAGACCCUCGAUUAGUGAAUUUACAAUUUUCAGGCAAAAGCGUACACUGUGGAUCUGUCGGAGUUCAAACAAAUUAACGAAACUGCUGAGUUGGUGAAAAGUGAAGUAGGAAAAGUUGACAUUCUGGUGAACAAUGCAGGAAUUGUAACUGGUGAGAACGGUCGGGAAACCAGAAAAAUAGUAGGAGAGUUAAUUCAGGAAAGAAACUGCUGGAAUGCCCGGACGAAUUGAUGGUUAAGACUGUUGCGGUUAACACAAAUGCUCUUUUCUUCGUAAGAAAUUUUGAAAAACAAAAAAAAACAUUUUUGCGUUCAGACGGCAAAAAACUUCCUUCCGGCAAUGCUAGAAUCGAAUCAAGGCCACAUCGUGACGAUCGCUUCGAUGGCCGGAAAGUGCGGAGUCGCCGGAUUGGUCAGUCCGUCCCACAGAACCCUCAGAUCUAACGUUUUCAGGUCGAUUACUGCGCUUCGAAGCACGGUGCCGUCGGAUUCCACGAUUCGCUGACCAGUGAAUUGUACGCUCUGAAGAAGGAAGUGAAAACGACGGUGGUGUGUCCGAUCUACAUAAACACGGGAAUGUUCGACGGGGCGGAGACGAAAUGGCCAACUCUUCUGCCGAUCAUGGAGCCGGAGUACGUCGUCGAGUGCAUCAUGGAAGCCGUUUUGACCGACCGCACCUUCCUCGCCAUUCCCAAGUUCAACUACAUCUUCAUUGCGCUUGCCGGUCUGCUUCCAACUGAAGUGAUCAAUUUGUACGGAGAUUACUUUGGAAUCACCCAUUCGAUGGAUCAUUUCAAAGGACGGCAGUCACAGAAAGCCUAA